AUGUUCUCCAAGGAACAAAACCAGACUCGCGAUUCGGGAGCUCGGUUAUAUAUGCGUAGCUGCUUGGCCGUAGAUGUGGAUGAGAAGCGAUUCACAGGAUUGGAAUUCAUCCGGCUUUCCUCUUACCACUACCGCUUCCCCCUCAGCAUCCUUAGUCUCUACGCCGCCUUGGCACGGCUCGUCACAGGAUUCAGAACUUCGCUCUUUGGCAUGAACGCUCACGCUUUUGUCAACCUCAUCCACUUCGCAUACGCCAGGGAUCCGCCCAAAGACACCGACACACGCUUUCACUACCUCGGCGACUUACCAGAGGACCUAUUCCGGCGGUUCCUGGAGUGUUGUCCCCCUCUCACGCUUGUGGUGUUGAGGCAAGUAUGCAAGGCCUUCAGGCAGAUCCUGGACGACAAUCCUAUCAUCUGGGCCAAUGCUCGCGAAAACAUAUCAUGGCCGUCUCCGCCUCUCGACAAUGACGGUCGUCCGCGCACGGAAUGGACGUGGGCAGUGCGCGUCGCCAAGCGCAUAUCGUCGGAAUGGAUGGACUGGACAGUUCCAAGGAGCGAUAGGUCCCAGAUAUGGCUCUCUAGGUAUCGCGACCAAUGGGCCGAUACACAAGACGAGAAUAUGAAGAGGGUGCAUGAACUUGUAGGAAGACGCGGGCCCAAUCAAGCAUCUGGCGAAGGAGCCGCUGCUCGCAUCGUUAGGGCAUACAUGCGGACGCCGGCCUGCAUCGCACUUCUACGAAUAUUUAAUCAUAGUUUGGAGAUCAUCACCGACGCGGCUUGGAAUGACGCUUUGCCAGCAAUCCAUCGCGAGCUCGGACUUAUAUCCUCUUGCGAUCCGGCUAAGAUACCGCCUGACUAUCAGUGCGACGACUACGACCGUAUCCUUUGCCCCGCGUGUCAUCCUCGUCCUCUGGGCACGCGCUGGCGCGUCACACAACUUGCUACUACCUCGAAGAAACACAAGUGGUUCGAAGAAAACACCAUCCUUGUCCAUAAACUAUACGAACACUACGAAACGAAGUACGUAUGGUCCUCCUGCCUAAUCCUCGACCUUUAUUCUCAACCGUCAGCCAUCCCGAUAUCUUGCACAAAGGCGGCUCCAGUGUGGUUCCCGCAUUUCGCUGCUAUACGCGUUGCGCUCUUUGCUCGACGCGCAUGCAAAACCCACCGUUAUACACUCCGCGCGGUUUGA